AUGGAAAACCCUAGACACCGGCGUUUAAUGGAUGAAGACGAAGAUCCAGGGAGUGCAUUAUCCGUUGAUUCCACCGAAUCAAGGUGGGUUUUUCAGGAAGACGAGGAUCCCUCUGAGAUCGAAGAAUACGAUGCUUCUGAUAUGCGACACCAAUCUAUGUUCGAUUCAGAAGACGAAGAUAAUGCUGACCAGAGACUCAUUCGUACUGGUCCACGAAUCGAUUCCUUCGACGUUGAGGCUCUUGAGGUUCCCGGUGCUCAUAGAAAUGACUACGAGGAUAUUAGUAUGGGAAAGAGGAUUGUGCUGGCUUUUCAAACUCUUGGUGUUGUUUUUGGUGAUGUUGGAACAAGUCCAUUAUAUACCUUCAGUGUUAUGUUUAGGAAGGCUCCUAUUAAUGACAAUGAAGAUAUUCUUGGGGCAUUAUCACUUGUCUUGUACACUUUAAUCUUGAUUCCUUUGGUCAAGUAUGUUCUUGUGGUUCUCUGGGCCAAUGAUGAUGGUGAAGGUGGUACAUUUGCAUUAUAUUCCUUGAUUUGUCGUAACGCUAAGGUGAAUCUUCUUCCCAAUCAGUUGCCGUCAGAUGUCCAUAUAUCAGGAUUUAGGCUAAAGGUGCCGUCCCCUGAGCUUGAAAGGUCUUUAAAAAUCAAGGAAAGGCUAGAGAAUUCACUGACUCUGAAGAAGAUUCUAUUAUUAUUAGUACUUGCUGGUACUUCUAUGGUGAUAGCUAAUGGGGUUGUUACACCAGCUAUGUCAGUACUAUCAUCUGUUAAUGGCUUGAAAGUUGGGGUAGAUGCAAUUGAGCAAGAUGAAGUGGUGGUGAUUUCUGUUGCUUGCCUUGUCGUUUUGUUCAGUGUACAGAAGUAUGGAACAAGUAAAGUUGGGCUUGCUGUAGGACCUGCAUUGUUUAUAUGGUUUUGUUCUCUUGCGGGCAAUGGUGUAUACAAUCUUAUCAAAUAUGACAGCAGUGUCUUGAGAGCUUUUAAUCCUAUUCACAUCUAUUAUUUCUUUGCAAGGAAUUCAACUAAAGCAUGGUAUUCUCUUGGGGGCUGUCUUCUGUGUGCAACUGGCUCUGAAGCCAUGUUUGCAGAUCUUUGCUACUUCUCUGUUCGAUCAGUUCAGGUAAUGAAUCAUGUCUAUGUUCUAUCUAUCAUGGCUUCUGGUUGCAUUUCUUUUGUCAUAUCUGCUUAUAUAUUAAUGAAAAUGGUGGUUUGUUUGCAGCUUACAUUUGUAUUUCUUGUUUUGCCAUGCUUACUAUUGGGCUAUUUGGGUCAAGCUGCAUACCUUAUGGAACACCAUGCUGAUGCUGGGGAAGCCUUUUUUUCUUCUGUUCCAAGUGGUGCAUUCUGGCCGACUUUCCUCAUCGCUAACAUUGCUGCACUAAUAGCAAGCCGGACUAUGACAACAGCUACAUUUUCUUGCAUAAAACAGUCAACUGCUCUUGGUUGUUUCCCCCGUCUUAAAAUAAUUCACACCUCUCGGAAAUUUAUGGGUCAGAUCUAUAUCCCUGUCAUAAACUGGUUCCUGUUGGCUGUUUCUCUGGUGUUUGUCUGCUCUAUAUCCAGCAUUGAUGAGAUUGGAAAUGCAUAUGGCAUUGCUGAGCUGGGGGUGAUGAUGAUGACCACCAUUUUAGUUACACUUGUUAUGCUUCUUAUAUGGCAGAUGCACAUCAUCAUAGUGUUGAGUUUCCUGGUAGUCUUCUUGGGAUUAGAGUUGGUUUUCUUUUCAUCAGUUUUGUGGAGCAUAACAGAUGGAAGUUGGAUUAUAUUGGUCUUUGCUGCAAUAAUGUUUUUUAUAAUGUUUGUAUGGAACUAUGGAAGCAAGCUUAAGUAUGAAACUGAAGUCAAGCAAAAGCUGUCAACAGAUUUAAUGCGAGAAUUGGGCUGCAAUCUUGGGACAAUACGAGCUCCUGGAAUUGGUCUACUUUAUAAUGAGUUGGUCAAAGGAAUUCCAGGAAUUUUUGGGCAUUUUCUAACCACACUUCCAGCAAUACACUCUAUGGUUAUAUUUGUGAGUAUCAAGUAUGUUCCAGUUGCUAUGGUGCCUCAAAGUGAAAGAUUUCUAUUUCGGCGAAUCUGCCAGAGAAGCUAUCAUUUAUUUCGUUGUAUUGCCAGGUAUGGUUACAAAGAUGUUCGCAAAGAAAAUCACCAGACUUUUGAGCAGCUUUUAAUGGAGAGCUUAGAGAAGUUUAUACGUCGUGAGGCACAGGAAAGAUCACUUGAAAGUGACGGGGAUGAAGAUACUGAUUUAGAGGAUGAGUACUCUGGGUCUAGAGUUCUCAUAGCUCCCAAUGGGAGUGUUUACUCACUCGGUGUUCCUCUUUUGGCUGAUUUCAAUGAAACCAUCAUUCCAUGUUUUGAAGCUAGCACAUCAGAAGAUGUAUGCCCGGCCUCGCCCAAACCCCCUGUACUCGAUGCAGAGCAGCUUCUGGAAAGAGAGUUAUCUUUUAUACGCAAAGCUAAAGAAUCUGGAGUGGUUUAUCUUCUUGGUCAUGGAGAUAUAAGGGCAAGGAAAGACUCCUGGUUUACUAAGAAGCUAGUUAUAAACUAUUUUUAUGCCUUUCUGAGAAAGAACUGCAGAAGGGGGAUCACAAAUUUAAGUGUACCACAUUCACAUCUAAUGCAAGUUGGCAUGACUUACAUGGUUUGACAAUUUGACCAUCAAUUUUGCAACCCAAUAUAACAAAUGGCAGGUAAAUCUGAAUAUUCACAUCUUGGAAAGGUCUUAUUUUCGAACGCUUUACUUGAUCAUCAUUAUUUGGAUCCCCAUAUUGAACAUCUUUCCACCAUUGGAAAUUGUUUCAACUUUCCUUUUGGGUCUGGGACUACACUGUGGAUAUAUGGAUUGGGAUAGGCUGAGAACAGAAAAUGGCAGAUAUAUGUAGAAAUCGGAGAAAAAUUUAUGUAAAAUAAUUUUAUAGCAAAAGAAAAAAUAAUCUGCAAAUGGUUAUGUACACAUUUUGUAAACACCGAGUUUUGUACAUGGGAUAUCCACCUGUCUAGAAUAUUUUAUUUUUUUUGUUUGCAUUAUUGUUUCCCUGAUUUCUUUGAAGAGUCAUUUUAUUGAUUGAAACUUAAUUGGGAUCAUA